AUGUCGAAUGGCCCUCCUCCAUCGAGACUAGUCUCGAUUUCGACGCUUCCUUCAUGUGAGAUCGGAGACAAAGUGAGGUUUCUGGGCUGCGUCACCUCCUAUGCGACCAGUAAUGCGACCCUGACGCUCGAAAAUACAUUUCAGCUGAGAGACCGUGAUUCCGGUCUCCGCCAAUCGCGGGUUCAGGCACUCGUCGACGUAAAUCUUGUUCUUCAAGCCUUAAACCAAGAGCAGACACGGCCUGGUGAAUGGGUCAACGUUCUUGGCUACGUUACCAAGUCGGGUUCCUCUGGCGACAAAAGAACUGGCAGCCAUCGUGUCAAAGUGCAAGCCCUCUUACUUUGGUCCGCUGGGUCACUGAGUCUACAGGACUACGAGAAAACACUAUCGUCUCACAUUAAAGGAUUACCAGCCGGCCCGGACUCUCCGAAAGAGUUCUGA